UAAUCAGAUGGUAAUCCUCUAAGUUAUCACUUUAAAAUUUAAAUCGAAAAGAGAAUGAGUAACUAAUCACCCAUAAGAUUAGUAAUGUAUUUCUUUAAUUUCAUGUGCUCACAUUUUAUUUUUCUUUUAACUAGUGUAACUUAAAUGUAACCUGUAUAACAUACUAUGCAAUCAAAAACAUGUUCGUUAAUUUUAAAAGAUUAACACAUGUGAUAGAUAUUAUGACUUAUAUAAGUUAUUCUUAAAAUAAAACAAUCGUAAUUACUUUUAAGAAAUUAUGAAGAGAUUCAGAAUUCAUGAAAAAUCAAUACAAAUUAAAAAAGUAAUUAUGGAUGAAGAAAUGCAAAUGGACGUUAUAAGCACUGUUAUUGCAGCAUUACAUAUAUAUGGAAAUGAAUAUACAAAAAUGAAAAAGUUCAUAGAAAACAAACUGAAUAAACGUUAUCUUCCUACAUGGCAUUACAUAACUGGUUAUGAUGUGGAUAGCUCAUUACUAAUGCCUGUUCAAUACUUCAUUUCAUUCAAAUGUGAAGAGAAGAAUGUUACUGUUUUUAAAACAAUCUAAAUAUAAUAUAAUUACAAACAUUCA